UUUCCCGCGGCCAUUUUAUAUUUACAUAAUUUGUAACACUUACAUACCGUAGCUGCAGCAAAGCGUAUUUAAGCUGCAGCAGCAGUCACGUUGUUGACUUAAAAAAGAUGGCGAAAUUUUUUGGAGUUGAUAAAGUCGUGAGAUUUUUCCAGAUUGUUAGAGAUAAUGGCGGCAUAAGAGGAUCAUUAAAAGCUCUGUACAGACGAGAUGAAUUGAAAUCAGGAACUUUGAUCGGCGAGGACAAAUAUGGGAAUCGCUACUUCGAAAAUAACAUGCACUUUUAUGGACGCAAUCGUUGGGUUGAAUAUGCCGACCAUGUUGGUUUAGACUACAACGCAUCUCAAGUGCCUCCUGAAUGGUUCGGCUGGUUGCAUUAUAAGACCGAUCUGCCUCCACACAAGGAUCCGUCUCGUCCUAAGUACAAGUGGAUGCUUGAUCAUACAGAAAAUAUGACUGGAACGAGAGAUGCUUACAUGCCUUAUAGUACGACUCGUCCUAAAAUCGAAGCGUGGAAACCCAAGUAAGAUUAUCCCUGAAUCUAGAGUAUGAUGAAAGUAGGAAAUAAAAUCACAAGCAUUAUAAGAGUGAAGAAAAAUAGUCGUAGAGACAAACAAAAGAAAUGAAACCUUUAGCUAAAUUAUUCCGUACAUGUAACAUAUAUUAUAGUACGCUGUGUGUACGAUUAUUGUAAAUAAAUCGCAUCUCUGUUAACUUCAA